AUGGUUGGACUAAUUGCGCGGGUGCCUUGGGCCGUGCUGCUCUUGAUAUGGCUCGGCCUUGCGGUGCAAUCCAAUGCCGCUACCAAGGAUACGGCAAACAUGUAUGCUCAUGCCUAUGAAAGAAUAUGGCUUUGGCAGCGGUAUAACAUGGCAAUCGCCAUGGAAACAAAAGACAAAAAGGGAAAGACCAUAGAUCAAAACGAGAUCCUGCCUAUGAUUCACCAGAAAGGAGGUAGGGAGGGCAUCAAAAAUAAACAUUGGGACCAAGCGACCGGAAAAUACGAAGGUCCUCUGCAUUACAACGAGUUCAUGGUGCGACUGGAUGAUCGCCCAGUCGACGAGCAUGGCAUACCGCCCAAGAUCACUGCUCCGUCUGGGGCUGAUGAUCUAGAGCGCGCUGCCCAGGAACUGGUCGAUAAUCGACUAACUGAAAAUCUCAUGGUUCAUCAGAUCAAUGACCGGUUUGGACAGUCCGGCGGUGGUGGGAAGGUGAACAAGGGGAAAAAAGCCGCAGAGUCAAGAGACGAAGGACGAUACCAACGUCUAUUCAGCGCGCUCAAUGAUCAGUUGCUCAAGUGGCGCAACGACGAGAAAAGCUACGCCAAGAUCAAGGAAUACGAUACCAUGACGAAAUCAUUGACCGAGCGGGUUGUGCAGCUCCGCAUCGAGGACGGUCAGCGGUUCAUGCUUCACCACUUCGACAGAACUGAUGGCCGCGGUUUGGAUUUGGGGGACAAGCUCGUGAAAUACAAAGAGGACUCUCGUGUGCCGGGCGGACCGGACUAUGAACGUCUUGAUCUUGGAAAGACCUGGGAAAGCUAUGAAGAGGACGUCAAGAAUGCCAUUUCGGAGGCGACGGAUGAAAAGGUGCAGAUCAAAAACUUCAAAGACUUCGAGGCCUGGGUUACAGAUUAUGGCAACCCAGAUGGACGUUUCGCAAAGCAGACCAAUGCCAGUCCUACACAUUUCAGGACCAUUCAGAUGUGGAAAGCCAUCGACGAGGGUAAGACUUGUUAG